ACUUGAGGCUCGUGACUUCCAGCCCGCGGUUUUGCCGCAACUUUCACAGUCAAAGCUCGAACUUCACAGACCGAGCCUCGUUUCUUAACUACCUACCUACACAUAUCCAAUUGACCUAUUAUAGACAAUGAGUCUGUUGGGGAGGGCGCGGCCCAAGGUGUUGACGGCGACGACACUUCUUCGUCAACCUCGAACGAUCGUCACCCAAGCCAACGUCGCCAGCAAGAGCUACGAACACAUCCUUCCACCACCCGAGAUCUUCGCGAAAAAGACAACACCGUCGGUCGAGUCGCCACUCGCGAGAAAGCACGGCCAUGCCUACUGGCAACACAUCGAAGCGUGGAAGGACGUCUCGCAAGAAGAGUUCCUCAGCUACCGCUGGCAGACAAGCCACACGAUCGACAGGAAGGACAAGCUGCUCAGAUUCCUCGAAGCAGUCCUGCCGGAACGCAUACCACAAUCAGCCGGCGUCAACUCGGUCUGGUCACAGAUCAAGACUCGCCAUGACUUCCUCGCAGAUGUGGAAGGAGGCAUGAAAGCGGCGCCCAUGUCCGUUCGCCUGACACCACACAUGCUGAGCGUCGCCGACUGGCACAACCCACUCGAAGAUCCUAUUCGCCGUCAGUUCAUACCACUACAGUCGACCAUCAAGGAAGACCACCCGGCCCUGGAGCUCGAUUCGCUGCACGAGACGGAUGACUCUCCUGUGCCUGGUCUUGUCCAUCGAUAUCCUGACAAGGUCCUAUUUCUUGCGACCUCAGUCUGCCCUGUCUAUUGCCGAUUCUGCACUCGAUCCUACGCUGUCGGCAACAACACCGAGUCAGUCAUCAAAGCAUCUCAGAAGCCGACUCGAAAGCGUUGGGAAGCCAUGUUCGAGUACAUCGAGUCAACACCGGCAGUUCAAGACGUAGUCGUAUCUGGAGGCGACUCCUACUACCUACAACCAGAGCAACUCCAACUGGUCGGAAAGCGCCUGCUGCAGAUCCCCCACGUACAACGCAUCCGCUUCGCCACCAAAGGACUCGCAGUCUGUCCGAUGAGAAUCAUUGAUCGCAGCGAUGGCUGGACCGACGCGUUCAUCAACAUCAGCAACCUGGGUCGAUCGAUCGGAAAGCAGGUCGCCAUGCAUAACCACUUCAACCACCCUCGCGAGAUCACCUGGGCCACCGAACGCGCAGCUCGAUACCUCUUCGAGAGAGGCGUUACGGUCCGCAACCAAUCCGUCCUCCUCAAAGGCGUCAAUGACGACCUCCGUACCAUGUCGACAUUGAUUCGCAAGCUUGCCGACCUCAACAUCCAACCCUACUACGUCUAUCAAUCAGACAUGGUUCGCGGAGUCGAGGAUCUUCGCACACCACUCUCAACGAUUCUCAAUCUUGAGAAGCACAUUCGAGGCACGAUUGCCGGGUUCAUGAUGCCUUCUUUCGUCGUCGACUUACCUGGUGGAGGUGGCAAGAGACUUGCCAACUCCUUCGACACUUACGACGAGGCAGCUGGGGUGAGCUACUGGCGUGCACCUGGCAUCGCAGGAGACGAGGUCUUCACGUACCACGACCCAGCGGAGUGA